GUUAGGCGGCAAAAUAUCUUUUAAAAGAAAAUCCAACUAAGUUCUAUUUUAUUACAUAAUAGUGAUAUGCAACCGUUAAAAUGUUUCAUCACGCAAUCGGAAAUAUAUCAAAGACCAGUACUACACAUAUCAAAUAGACUGAAGUUGGCUUUAGAAAAGAUUUUUGGUGACUAUCUUCAAUUGUACUCAAGUUACAAAAGAAAUGUGAAAAAAAGAACACUAGUGAACCAAGUAUCCAAACUACUUGGCCGGGCUUUCCAAAACAUGCGGAAAAGGAGAACUUUAAGCAGCGAUGGAAGGAUAAAAUUAAGUAAAAAAAUUCGCCAAAAGAAAAGCAGAAAAUUAUUUAAUUCCUCAAACCCAAACCUACUGGAAAAGCUUACAGUAAACCUUGAAAUGAACGAUCUUUUUGCGUCGAAGGAUAAAUUUUGGGAUGCGGAUAGCGAGUCAUUUACUACAUGCCAUCCAGGUUAUAUGUAUUUUUUUAUGAUCAUAUAUCUGCACUGUCUCAACAAGCAAAUAGAGGAAAAAUUAGAAAGUACUGUAGGAUCAAAUUGGAGAAACAACAAAAUUUGGUAUGGUGUCUCUAUUGAUAAAAAUCUAUCGGACAAUGUAUUCGGUACAAUAAACAAAUUGGAAAAAUCAUUCUUUGCAAGUGGAAUACUUGGGAAGGACGACGACCUUCGACAAGCAAAAUUCUGUACCCGUGGCGAAGAAAUUCUACCAGCUAUCCAACACAAGUAUCAGCAUUUGGACUUUAAUUUGAAAUCAUACUUUGUUGUUGCACAAAUAUCUUCGAAGCAUAUUCAACUCAGUUUGCAUCAAGUGGUCAAACUGGCAUCACCCGGAGAAGAUCCAGCGUCCAUCAUUAUUCAGGAUGAAAUGAUACAUAUCAAUGAUGUAUAUGAUACACUCUGUAAGAAUAUUAUGAAGAGCCUACAAAUCGAUUGUCAAGUUGACUAUUGUACCACGCAUAAUUACGGGGAAGAUAUGCAAUAUGAUUUUCAGUCAUCUGAGAUAUAUAGCAAUGUCCAUAGGAAUUUAAAACCAUGCGUUGUUGAACUUUUCGAAAGAAACAAAUCAAAUGUGGACAUGGAUUCCAAAAUACAGCUAAAUAUCAACACGAAAUGUGGCUGCAGUAUAAGCAUAUUUCUUCGUGAUAUUAUUAAAGUAGGCCUUAUGUCAGUGAUAGAGGGUAUAACAACAGGUAUAACGGCUUCUUUGACAAACAAAGAGAUAUUUGGAAACUGUGUACCGAUUUGUAUUUUUGUGUUUGGAGAUCCGUUCAAUCUGGGGCAGGGUUCAAAGAUCCACAUAGCAUACACCAUGAUUAUGCAAAAAGCGAUUGAUGACGGCGUAUAUAUUAAAGAAAAAGAUACAAAGACAUUUGUAUUAAGAGAAUCUAUUUUCCAAUUACUGGAGACGUCUUUAUCUGGAAAAAAGCCUUACAUGUUUGAUAGGUUUGUCACCGGAACUUUGUGCAAAGUAUCAAGUAAUACAUACGGGAUACGGUUUUCAUCAUUUUAUACAGACAAUUCGAUCCCUUUCACCCAAAUAAACAGUAAUGGUGAUAUCAAAAAUACUAUUGCAGAUGAUGGUAGUUAUUUGGUAUUUAUUCAGAAAGGGAAGCCAGUCCCAACAAAAGGGCUUAUAAUUCAAAUUAAUGACCCAGACUAUUAUAUAUUCUUCAAUCAGAAAGUUUAACCAGUAUUGUUCCGGACAAGUAUGCUCUAUUGCACGGCAACACUCCUGGUGAAAUUUAUGAUAUAUACCCCAGAAAGUUGUCGACUUAUAAUAUCAAAACGUUUAUGGUAGAAUAUGAGCAGUUUAGCAAUAAUUUAUCUAUCAAAGUAUCAAGAGGAUGUAUGCGCAAUAUUAGAGACUAUAUUGAUAGACCUUAUUACUCAACCGUAAAUAUCAUGGAGCCAUUGACACUCGCUUAUAUUUAACCUAUCACUGCUUCAAUAAAAUCAUAUAUUAUACACAA